UCCUCGCUCAGCUGGUGCGCCGUUCACCCUUAUUGCGAUGCGGCUAACGCAGGCUAACGUUUCGUAUGUUCUCCAAUGGGUGAAUUCUAUUCACAAUGCGAACGGAAAUGGCGAAGGAUCUUUGAUAAAUCGAAUCAAAGACCGGUGAAUGGUAAUACGAAUUUGAACGGUGAUCAAGAAACGUCGAUCUGACGUUGACAGUGUGUGUUCAACGACCGGGGUUUGAAGCGAGGGUAAACGAGAAAUUUUGCACGCGCUCGCGUGCUUGUUUGUACAUACAUACAGUUGCGUGUAGUCGUAACACGAUGGAUUCGGAGGACUCACCGCCGAGGAGAGAUUGUUAAAGAGUGGCAACCUUAUGGAACAUCAUAGACGGAAAAAAGUACGCAAUUUUUGACGCCCUCUAAAAUAUCCAGCACCAAGAAGUAAGAAACACAAAGCAAAACUUGGUUUCUCGUUGGUUCUGAACUGCGUUACUAUAAUAGACGUGUUAUCGAUGGUCGUUGAUGCACUACUAAUGAAAAGAGAAGAAACGUAACUUCGUCGCCUUCGUCGAGCACCAACUUCGCGUACGCCAGCACCAACGACGCGCGUCAGUGCUAUAUGAACGAAAAACGAAACUCCUUCGAUUCGGACGAUGUCGGGACCGCUCGACUUUUGCGCUCUUAUUCGCCCAAUCGCGACAAAGCGAAGCGGCACUUUGCGAGACUCCCAUUCGACAAGUCCUACAUCGGCAAGAAAAGUAUCGUAAUUACCGUCUUGGUAUUAGUCAUCGUAAUUCCCUCGAUAAUUGUGAUCUGCAGAGCCUAUGGUGCUAAUAGCGACAUAGAGAUUCAAGAAAAUGAGGAAAUACCACCGGAUCCGGAGGCGUUCUUACCACCAUCGUGGAGUAAAUUGAAAACGUUCAAGUACGGUGCCGUUUGCGCGGAUGGUCCACCAUGCGCGGUUAUCGGCAAAUCGAUUCUAGAAAAGAAUGGCUCAGCGGUGGAUGCGACCAUAUCUGCAAUGAUCUGCAACGGCCUGGUCAAUAUGCAGAGCAUGGGCAUCGGUGGUGGGUUUGUCAUGACGAUUUAUGAUAAAGCCACGAAACGCGCGUACACGUUAACGGCGAGAGAUCGUGCUCCACUGGCUGCUAACGCUACGAUGUUCGAAGGGAAACCAAAAGAAGCGUCGUUCCUCGGUCCAUUGGCCAUCGCCGUUCCCGGGGAGUUGGCAGGAUAUUGGGAAGCGCAUAAACGCUUCGGCAAAUUGCCGUGGGCCGAUUUGUUCCAACCGUCGAUCGAACUCUGCGAAGAGGGAUACAAUUUGACAAAAAUUCAAUACGACGGAUUCAAAUAUAACGCGAAGAACAUUUACAAUGACCGCGUGUUGAAGGAGUUAUUCGUAGAUCCGAAAACUAAUGACUUUUACAAACCUGGAACGAUUAUUAAACCGAAAGUAUUUUGCAAAACGUUGCGCGUGAUCGCAGAGAAAGGUGCCUCGGAACUUUAUAACGGAACUUUGGGCAAACUUUUAGUAGAUGAUUUGCAAGAGAAAGGCUCAAUAAUAACGAUGAAGGACUUGAACAAUUAUAGAGCAACGUGGGACGAACCCCUCCAAGCGAAUCUCAGCAACGGGAUGAAAGUUUUUACAAUCGGAUUACCCUCAAGUGGAGGUCUUCUUACUUACAUGUUAAAUAUCAUAGACGAGUUUAAUUUCACGGCUGAUAGCAUAGCUGAUUUCGAUCAGACCACGCUCACGUAUCAUCGGCUGAUAGAGACGUUUAAAUACGCGUUCGCGUUUAGAAACGAUAUGGCUGAUAAGGAAUUCGUCGACACGAGGGAAUUAACAAUGAACUUGACGUCGAGGAUUCUCGCGCACGAAACUCGAAUGAACAUUGAUGAUCAUAGAACGUGGGAUGAUCCAUCGCACUAUGGAGCAGUGACGAUGAGUACAGCAGAAGAUCAAGGAACUGCUCAUGUUUCAAUAUUAGCACCCAAUGGUGAUGCGGUAUCAGCAACUAGUACUAUUAAUUUCUAUUUUGGCAGCGGGGUAGGUAGUGAGGGCACCGGGAUUAUACUUAAUAAUGCGAUGAAUGAUUUUGGUAUCCCGUCGGCGGUAAACUACUUCAGGAUCCCACCGAGUCUAAAUAAUUACGUCGCUCCUGGGAAAAGGCCAUUGUCGUCGAUGGUACCCACAAUUAUUGUAGACUCGAAUGACAAAGUGAAAAUGGUGAUCGGUGCCUCUGGCGGUACUAAGAUCAUCACAACAGUGUCACAGGUAAUAACGAGGAUCAUUUGGUUGGGGCAGACGGUGAAGGAAGCCGUCGACGCGUCCAGAAUACAUCAUCAGCUGUUCCCCCCGGAGAUAGCUUAUGAGUACGGCGUGCCAAAACAGAUAAUCGAUGGGUUGAAGAGGCUCGGGCAUAAAACCGCUCGUUACAGAGUUCGCGGCAGCGUGGCCUGUGUCAUUUUCGUUAAGAACGACACUAUAUUCGCGAACGCGGACUUCCGGAAAGGAGGCGACGUGUAUGGAUUUCAUUGAAACGGUUAAUUACCGACAAAAUUCAUUAAACGAUAUCUUCCAGUAAAUCGUUAAGCUUCACUAACACUAAUUAUUGUAAUGAGUUGAAUCAUGGUUGUAUAUACUUAUACGAGAUGUUAACAGAGACAAAACGCAAUAUUUGAAACAAAUUCUUUUUUACAACAUCGCUUGAACGUCCGCAAUCUCGUUAUAAGUUCUACUCAAGUCUCUAGUAUUGAAUCUUCGAAUGUUUCAUCAUGAAAUUGUGUAUUAUUUUUGUCACGUUUGUUCUAUGUUGAAUUGUAACGGAAUUGAAAUUCUUUAAUAAAACUUUUGCACGUUGAUAUUAUUUCA